CUUCAACUUAUUUCACUGCAUCUCCUAUACUUUACUUGCAUCAUGCUGCAGGCUUCAGUGUGAGGUCCCAAUAGCCUCUUUGACGCCCUUGACUAUUUCCAAACCUCCCGGUCCGUCACUAUCUCACCUAUACCAUGUCGUUCAUCUCCUCUUGCUUUGGCCGUAAACAUGGCGAAGAUACAGAGCCUCUCCUCCCUCGCUACGAAGAUGAUACCGCUCGUCAAAGAGCCCUCCACCAGAAGCUCCAUACCUAUCAGAUGCUGAGAGCCCUUUCCAAAGGUUUCAUGCCUUCCAAUGAGCAGACCAUCAUCAAUCUACGUACUCUCCUCGCAUCAGACAUCCUCAACCCCAAUAAUACAGAUCUCUCUGACUCCGGUCGCUUGCUCAUCCGUAACUGCCGUUCCUGGCUGAAACUGUUCAUUGAGCUGUUGAGAAACAAGAACAAUCAAGAUCAAAUACAAGACUUUAUCUGGUACUUGACAAAGUCCAGGAUUUCCAUCGAUAUCAAUGACAUCUCUCAUUCAGCAUCCAAGGUCAAGGCGCGGGCAGAUGCUCGGGCAACAUACGAAAGCUUUCGCACCGUUGGCGGACUACUUCUGACAAAUGCCGACUUUAGGCUAUUUCUCAACGACGUCACCACUAUUGGAAGAGAAGUCCUUGCCGAUACAGCCUUCUCUCUAUCAUCUGCUGCGGAGAAAACUGGGAAGCAGUUGGAACUAUCCGCAGAAGAGCAGGAAUCUGUACAAAAGCCUGGUGCCGACGAUGGUACUCUUCCUUCUAAACAAGAUCUCGAACAAAAUGUCGACGAGACAAGCCGUGUUGUUGGCCAAGAGAUCGCAAAUGUCGGCAAGGACGCUUUGCAAAGCGCGAAGGAGAACUUCUCUGGUGCCCAAGGCGAGACAUUGCUGUACCGAUUAAAGCAGACUGUUCUGAACCUCCGCAAGAGGACAGAUUAUCAAGACUCGGUGUCAACCAUAGCAAAACUCAUCCAGAGAUACGCUAUUGCGUAUUCCAGAGCUGCAGAGGCCGCCAUGGCCACGGUACAGGACGACGUGGAACCAAAUCCGGCAUUGGAUCGCGCAAUCCGCAACUUCUGGGACCUGAUGAGCAGCUUUGGAGAUGGAAAGGCGUGGGAAAAGCUGGAACAGGAUUUCAAGAAAGUCAUGAGCCACUCCAACUCAGAUCCACAGUUCGAGUCCUUCAUGACCGAUAUUGGCAACACGGUACAGCGAAUGCUGACCGACCCCGAGUUCUUUGACAAUGCGACCCAGAAGAUUGACGAGUUGAAGCAGAAAUCUUCUAGGCUCGAAAAAGAUUCUGACUUCCAAACAGAUCUGGAUAAUAUGCUUCGGCAAGCCCAAAUCACCUUGAAUUCAGUGGUAGAGGACCGGGAUGUCAACGCAUUGCUCAAAACAACAAAUCGAAUUCUUGCCAACCUCUCUCCUCCCAACAGAAUCACGAACCCGGAUCUCAUUACAGACGCCAUCCACAUCUUUCUCCCUCUCCUUCUGAGAAGUAUUCAAUACAUACCAAUUCCUCGGGUCGAGGUAUCGGUCCCCGAGAUGGAUCUGUUAUUGGAGAAUGUGGUCUUGGAACCUGGGCGCAACGUAAACUCGACCUCAUUCCUGCCAUAUCGUCUUCUCAUCUCCACCAAGAACGACCUGGAGAUUCGCAAGACACAUUCCAAGAAAACGGUAUCCAAGGCCAAAUCACUCAUCACUGUCACUAUCAACGGUCUCUCAGUGGCUGCCCAAGACCUCGGUUUUUGGAUCCGGGGUCAUGCUGGCCUCAUUCGGUUUGCAGACGAAGGCAUCGCCUCCUUCUUCCUAGACGAGCGAGGCAUUGAUGUCAGCCUCGACCUCGAGGUAGGCCGGGAACGCCUCGAGCAGAUUCUGUCUUUGCGCGGGGUUCGCGUGCACAUCCACAAACUUGAUUACAAGCUACGCAAGAGCAAAUUUUCGUGGCUCGGAUGGCUCUUUAAACCUUUCCUCAAGCACCUCAUCCGACGAUCUCUUGAAAAAACUAUCGCCGAGACCAUUGCCAGUGCGCUGCAUGCGGCCAACCGGGAACUCGUCUUUGCGCGUGAACGUCUCCGAGCGACUCGCAUUGCUGAUCCUCAGGAUCUCAUUACCUUUAUUAAGGCUAUUACUGCGCGUCUGACGCCGGAGGAUGACCCAGACUUGUAUACCCGGGUCGGGGUGGAUGCCCCUGCUCAGGGAGUGUUCAAGAACAUCUACACCCCCGGAAGCAUCGUUAAGUUGUGGCAUGAAGAGGCAUUGCGUGCAGAGGAAUCUAUUCAAGAUGGAGAGGAGCGGGGGGGAGGGUGGAGAAAUGACAUCUUUGAUACUUCUGUGCAAUAAGUCCUUGAGAAGGAAUGUAUGGUUUGUUAGGGCACAGAGUGCAAUCCAUGAUUGCUGGGAGGAUGCAGAGAAAACCCAGACGUGUGUCCUGAUUGGCUUUGGGCCUGGCUGCCUGUGCUUUGAGGGGCAUGCUUUAUUGUGUGAAUACGACAAUUGAGAUCUCUUCAAAUGAAAAAAAGGACCUUGAUGGUUGCUUGCUUUUCUAGGACUUUGUUUCGGGGGUCAUGCGAAUAGUAGGUAUGUUCGGUAUGAUGUAUGUAGGUACUUUGGGUAAUAAGCAACGGUUAUG